CUUUUUUCAGCAAAAAAUCAUUUGACGGUGCCGGCACAUUGAAGACAGUACCUACUUCAACCUCAGCAUCUCGAUAUAUUCUACCGGAGGCUCAAUAAUGGCGCGUACCAUUGGUAUAGUUGUUGCAGGCUUGGGAAGAGCUGGCAGAGCCCGAGUGCGCGAUCUCACCGAGAAAGACUUUGGAAAUACAAAACUGGUCGGCGUUGUAUCACGACGCCGACCAGAAGACAUUUCUGUGCCUUUCCUGUCUUGGGACGAAGCCCUCGGCAACUCAGAGGUAGAUGCUGUGAUUAUAGCCACCGAAAACGGUACACACGCGGAGUACAUCAGAAAGACGCUAAAUGCUGGAAAACAUGUAUUGGUUGAGUUUCCUUUAGCGAUUUCCUUCAAAGAAGGGAAGGAUCUACUGAAUUUAGCAGAUGAAAAGGGGCUUAUCCUCCAGGAGGAAGAUAUCGGCUUACACCUCCCUCAACAGAAGGAGCUCAGGGAGACUCUCAAAUCCAAACCUCGAGUCACAAAGGCGAAGAUGACAUUCUCAGCAACAUUUAGCAAUCAAUGGAUCGGCGACCUCACACGCGCGGGAUUCCCGAGUUUCUCGGGACUGUCUCGCAUUCACAUUGUGUACACUUUGUUCGGAGAGGUUACCGUCAGUAAGGCUAGUCUGUUACGAGAGGAGAACCGCAUCUGUAUGACCGCAACUCUCCUGACUAAGGAUAAAAGACCCAUAGAGUGGACGGAGGAUCGUGGCGAAGGUUUCCAGCGCUCAUUUGGUAUGGAUUUCGAGCUAGAAGAUGGGUCCAAGUUCCACUACCCGCCAAGCACCCCAUCACCCUCUCACGGGGCUCCCUCUGGUCCCUCCCCGCACGGGGAGGGAGGAGACGCAAAGCGUGGACCCCCUAAGGGACUCUUUGCAGCUGAUUUGCUUUUAUUUUUAAGCAAACUGCGCGGUGAAGUAAAAGAGGAAGAAAUGGCGGAGGAAAAAGCUAGAGUUCUUCAUUGUCUUGAAGUAGCAGGAGAAAUUGAGAGGCUAGCCACUUUGUAGACUUAUCCAUAACCUUUUAGUCCUGCGUUACUCUUUUAUUGUGAUGAAUAUUUGGGUCCUAGGUCUGACAAGCACUUGGCCGAGCAAAUCUCUGUAAUCGUCGGAGACCGUUGUCUGAAUGACCCUAGUCUUUACUGGGUCUUAUAGACCGUAUAGACCCAUAUUAAUGCCUCGCGGAAAAAUAAAAACCGGUUUCUCAA